AUGGAAGAUUCAAUUCAUGGUCUUCAAGAAUAUCUCGAUUUUCAUUAUGUUUUCACAUUCUCAACAAUUCUCGCAAUGCUUCCACUCAUUUAUAUUCCACCAACAAUUUGUGUUGUGAUUCAUAUUUAUCGAACACAUCAUAAAAAUCGAAAUCGACCUGGAAAUAUGGAUGGCAACCUUUUUCUCUUGAUUAUGUUGUUUUUCAGCUCUGUGAGUCUCAUUAUUUCAGAGAAUUCUCUGUUGUCAAAUCCGUUUUAUUCCAGAACUUUGGAUUUUUCUUGAGUGAUUAUCUUCGACUCGCACUUCCAGCUACUGGAAUUUUCACAUCGUGGUGUGCAAGUGUUCAACCGAAUCAUUAUUUUAAAGUGAUAUUUUUGCUUACAUUUUAUUUCAAUUAUUGUGUGAUGAUGGCACUUUUUGAACUUUGUUUUGUUCGAUUAAUCAUACUAUUGUUCCCAAAAGAUAAUGAGUUGGUGAGUUUGAAUCGGGCCGUAAUUUGGAAGCAUCUAAUAAAAUCCCCUCAUCGAUGCAUCCAAUUUGAAAAUCUAUUCCAAGCCUGAUGAAAUGAUCAAAUUUCAGUUAAUAAAAAUAAUCAUGCGAAUUGGUUUACUCUUAUUUUUCUUUGUCCCAUUUGGCUGCACAUUUUUCAUGAUCCCAUCAUUGGGUUACUGUAGACAAAUGGGUGAACCGUUGCGUUUUGGCGCAAUCUAUAUUUAUUAUAAAGGCACUUGGUUCAGCCUUCGUAAUACACCAUUUCAUUUGGUGAUGUCUGUUAUAAUGUGUAGUUUCACAUGUUCAGCAACUUGUAUUACAAUUUGGAAACUUAGAAGUUCAAUGUUUGUGAAUACGUAAGUCGCUAGGUUUUUUCAAUAGAAAAACAAAUGAGAAACGGAGUGUUUCAGUUCAGAACGUACAAAAAAAAUGGCAGAUCGAGCAGAAUCUUCGUUGAGUUUAACAUUAUUGGCAACAAUGAUACCUUUCAUUAACAAUACAAUUUUAACAGUAAGCAAAUCUGAAUAUGAUUGAAUUAAUUUCAUGUGUUUUCCAGUAUGUUUACCUGACUUCUCCGAGCAAUGUGUAUUAUUUAAUGAUUCUUCGACCAUUUGGAAAUGAUGCACAAGCAGUUAUAAUUCCCUGGCUCCUUUAUUUCACUCAUCCAAUGUUCAAACCAACCCGCAAAAUACUGGCGGCUACAAAUUCCAGUUUUCCCGUAAUCGUUUCCACGAAUGCGCAAAAAUCCAUUACUACCUGAUUUUUUGCACUUUUUGUUAAUGGACUUCUUGACGCAUGUUAUUAUUCUAAUACUAUAAAUAAAGGUACUUUUAGAAAUAGUUAUUUGUCAGCGUUACUUUUCUGAUUUUGUUUUUGUUUUUUUUUCUAGUUUUCAGCAACAAAGCAGGUCUGGUUGAUUGUGAGAUGUUCCAGAUGGUUUUACCAUCCAUGUUUGUCGAGUCAAAUGAGGUUAGCAUUCAAAUGACGUUAUUAAACCCGAAACUAAUUUUUGAUUUAUAUUUGCAACCAAAAUAAAAUCUGUUCACCUUUUUUUAAGAAUUCGAUAGAUUCUAAAAUCUGUAUUUCCGAAGAUAAAUUUCACAACUGUAAUUAUUCGAAUAAUUUAUAGCUUUAAAAUUUUCAAGAAUUCGAAAUUUUCUUCGGAAGAUCUUUCAGUUUCUGAAAUUUCUUUUUUUUUCUGCACAGAUCAAAACUACAAAAUCCCCCUUUUUUUCUCCAAAAAGUUCACCUUAAAUGAAAUUAUGUCCCAAAAUCUUGACAUGUGACUUUCUUCCGCGGAAAAAGAAAAAUGACUCCUGAUUCUGAUUUUACGGAAGAACAAGAACAAGAUCAACAUCAAGAUCAAAUUGGUUUAUAUUUUGGUCUCGAAAAUCGAGUUAUACCAAUUUCGAAUAAAUCUCUUUGUUUUUAUGUGUCAGCAAAAAUCAUCAGGAAGUCUUCAGAAUUUAUUUUAAAUUUCAGAUUUUUUGAAGUUGUAAAAAUUUUACUUGUUGAAAAAUUUCUGCAACUUUUGGAUCUAAUUGGAUAAAAAAGUUCCAAACUAAACUUCCAAAUCCCAUUAUCCAACAUAAGUAGAAUAUAGUUUCUCGGAAACGUGACUACAACCUUCUCCAUCCAUAGUUCAGUCACAGAAACAUGUUAUUUUUUGAUAAAUUGAUUUCGGCAAUUUUUUGCGUAAGGCGGAAAAAAAUGAAAAAAAACACAUAUCCUAACUCAUUUUAUUGGAUUUACACAAUCUAUGUGCUACCUGCGAAAACAUACAUUUUCGAACUAGUAGUUUUUUUUAUUUUUAGUUUUUUUUUUCAGUUGCAGAAAAAAAUCACGAUUUUUUUCAAAUACGAAAUAUGUUUCCAAAAAAAAAACGGUUCCGCGGGCCGUUCUGUACAAAAAUUUGAAAAAUAUCGUACACCUAAAUUGUGAUUCGACAACUUUUUUUUUGAAAAUACGGACCCAUUCUAUAAAAACAAAAAUCAAUUUAGAUAGGGAUUAAAAUUCAUUUUGGAAACCUUUCACCAAUUUUUUUACAGAUGUCAAUACUAAGUGGAGCUGUAUAUGGAAAUAAAACCUAUCGAGAUUAUGAAUAUACUUAUAUAACUUGGCCUGUUUUAAUUGCAUUAAUCCCAUUAUUUUAUAUGAUUCCAACAGCUUUUAUAAUAGGUCGAAUAUUCGGUGUUUUAUUAAAAUCAGUUUUUAGUUCGAAAAAGUUACCAAUUAACAAUCAUAUAUUUUUAGUCUUAUCAUUAUCGCAAUUUCUUGUAAGUUCCCAUAUUAUCUUCAUUUUGAAAUCUUCCAUCAACUCACUAAUUCCAGAGUUUUGCAUAUUUUCUAGCUGAUUAUAUGAUGCUCCGACUUCCCGCAACUCGCCUUUUCACAUCUUGGUGUUCUACAAUCGAACCAAAUCAAUAUCUCAAACUCAUAUUCUUUUUCACAUUUUAUUUCAAUUAUGCCGCAAUGAUAUUGCCUUUUUUGUUAUGCCUUUUAAGAUUGAUACUUUUAUUAUUUCCCAAUACGCACGUACAGGUAUUUAUUCAAAUAAUCUAAUUUUUCAAUUACGCUUCUAUUUUUUGUAGAUCAAUGGGAUCAUUCUACGAAUUACAAUUCCACUUAUUCUAAUUUAUCCAAUUUGUUUCACAUUUUUCCUAAUUCCAGCAGUUGGUUACUGUAGACAAUUAGGUUCGCCUUAUCCAUUCGGAAGUGUUUCAAUAUAUUAUGCUCAAUCUUACGGUACAUUCCGCAAUUCGUUUUUUCAUUUGGCGAACACAGUUUUCUGGAUGGCUGCAUGUUUAUUGGUCAAUCUUGCAUUAUUUGUGAAAUUGAGAAGUGCUAUAGCUUCUCAAGAACAAGGACAACCAAAAAGUUCGAGAUCUCGAAGAGCCGAAUUAUCACUUUCUAUUACAAUUGUUUCAAUGAUUAUGCCAUAUUUCACCUAUUGUAUUUUCACGGUAACUAACUAAAUUUUAAAUUUGAGAAUAUUUAUUUUUAUUUUCAUAGGUUGUCUACCUAACAGUCACUGAUUACACAUAUUAUAUGAUGAUAAUUCGACCAUUCGGAAAUGAUUGUGAAACUGUAAUUGUUCCUUGGAUAUUUUACCUCACUCAUCCAGUUUUUGCGAAUCGGAAAGAUUCAACAACAAUGGUGACUAUGGUUAAUUCAUCGGUUAAGAAAUCAGAGGCUAAAUCAUUUGUUGUGAAUAAAGUUUGA